AUGUCGCACCAUCCUCGCGUUGAGGAGGUCUCCGACUCGGACGAGGACAGCCGCUCCCUCUCAGACCCUUCCGAAGUCGACAUUGACGACUUUGCCGACAGCGACAUCAUCCGUCAGCGCCAACCCCAAGCUGCCCCGGCUCCUCCACGCAACGCCGCCGUCCCUGCGCCCGCCAACACCCAGCAACCCACCAGCCUCCCCCGUUCCGCCGACCGCGCUCAGUACGCCUCCUUUCAAUGCCUCUACCCCGUCUACUUUGACGCCGCACGCACCCGCGCCGAGGGACGACGCGUCGGCAAGGCGCUCGCUGUCAAGGACCCGCUGGCCCGCGAGAUUGCCAACGCGUGCUCGAAACUACGCCUCCCGACCCUCCUCGAGCCGGACAAGACGCACCCCAGGGACUGGGCGAACCCGGGCCGCGUCAAGGUUGGGCUGAAAAAGGCAGGCGCCGGCACCGACGUCACCAACAAACACCAUCUGUACCUCCUCAUCGCGCAGCACCUGAGGGAGAACCCGACGGACGACGACUCAAUCGGCCUCCGCGUCCGCAUGGGCGGUCAGCUGCAGCCCGAGCAGGGCAAGCCGUACCCCAGGCCCGCGGUGCCACGCGGCUGGAAGAUGGGCGAGCUGCUGCCCUACACGAGCGCGGCGAUGACGGGCGGGGGCGUCUCGGAGAAUCUGUUCAAGGACAUGAUGAGUGAGAUGCAGGGCGGAGGCAACCCCAUGGCCGCCCUCAUGGGAGGCGCAGCGGGAGGCGGCGGCGGCAGUGGGAAUGCGAGCGGCGCGGACGAGGGCGGUGGGAAGAAGAAGGACAAGAAGAAGAAGAAGGGGAAAGCGUAG